GGGUGCUGAAACAUUUGGGGGCUGACAGCUUAAGUUGCAUGAGCUCAUACAAAGAACAGAACCAGAUAAAGUGGAGCAGUUUGUUUAGUUAAGAGGACAAAAAAUAAACAGAUCGUGCCAGGAAAAAAGCAGCAUCUGGACAGUGUCUUCUCUCAGCUUCCCCUCCCUCCUCCUCCUGUUACAUAACUCCACUGACUGGAGGGUCAUUUCCCCGCCUGCACUCUUUCACAGAAGUAGACUUUUGCUUUUCUCUGGCAUCUGUGCUUUACGGCAUACUAUAAUGAGUUUGAGGCCCUUUGUUGUUCUGGCUGUGUUAACUGGGGUAAUCGGGAGCCCCAACAUCAGACCUGAGGCCGAGGUGGACCCGUCGGCUCAUCCCAACAGCCUACCAGAGACCGUGGAGGAAACUGAAAUCUUUGGGCAGCAAGUAGUAUUAGCAAAGGAGGAGGUUGAAGAGGAUGUGAUGGCGACCGGAGAGCUGAACCCCAGUCACUACCCUGCUCAGAGGGCAGCCAAAGUGGUCCAACACUACCUCAACACCCGCUACGGCUCUCCAUACAGGCUGUACGGACAGCAGAUGGUCCACAGCGGAAACGCAGAGGAUGUGGCAGACUCUGGAAGAAAGUAUCAGCUGGAGAUUUCAGUGCAGGAGAUGAUCAGCAAUACUACAGAGAAAUGCUCUGCAGAGGUUUUGUUUCCGAGGGGAGAACAGCAACGCUCAGCCCAGGUCCAGGCCUCGUGUGAGGAGCUCCUUAAAAUCAACACUAAAGAUCAAGAAGAGGCCUUGUACCAGCAAUACAAGACGAACCAAAGCCUGCUGUCUGCGCAACAUUUACCUGAUCGCUGCGGUCACAUGGAGCCUGACAUGAAGCCUCUCUGGCACCUGUGCAUUGUGGCCUCCAGCUUCGUCAUGCUGAACGAAUCCACUGAAAACACUCUGUACAACAUGGCUCAGGUGGCCAACAUCACGCAGCUGGCAACUGAGAACGACCAGCUGAAGUUUGACUGUCACAUACUGCUGCAUGAGAUGGUGUCCCAGGAAAUCAUUCACUGGAAACUGCUGUUCACGUGGUCUCCUCCAGAGGGAGUGAAAGUGCUGCAGAUGGAACAGCUGCCGCACUGCCAUCAUUGCGAAAAACCUCCAAAUACAAACUAAACGGUUGACACUCACCACACUGUUAUAACAACCAAAACCACAUCUUGUAUUCAAACAUAGGAUGAUACUGUGUAUUUGGUGAUGCUGCAAGCACUAAGCCAUGAUAUGCUGCUGGAGCUUGCAGCACAAACCUUUGAACUACAGAAAGUUUAGACUGUCAAAUAAAAAAUGUGAUGAAUCAAUCCUUUAUAAUGAUGGUAUGCUUACAUUAUGCUAUUUUUGUAGUCCUUUGUGUCGCUAUUGUAUUUUAGCCAGAAUAAACAGUUUAUACAGAU